AUGACACUGCGUGGAGGUAUUCGCUACAUCGGCCUUGUGCUUAUCCUUAUUGUUUACAUCGCCAGCGGCCUGCAGAACAUCUCGAACCCCUCCGUCAGUGCCGCGCUGCUGGCAAAAAGCAACUUCUCCAAAAUGCUGCAGAUGAUGGGAGUUGAUUACACUCUGCGUGCCGCCGACUACACCGCAGUGGUUCAGGCGACAGGCGCUGUCUUCCUCGGCUUUUCUCUCUUCAUUCUUCUGGGCGUCGGCCGAUGUUUCUUCGCCUUCAUGUUGGCGCUCGCCACCGCGGUUGUGACCGUCACGUUUCACGUAAACCUGGAGAACCCGCUGCGCAUCAGCGACAACGACCUCUUCCACUGCAUGAAGAACAUCUCCGUCAUUGGUGCGCUGCUGUUCGUCGCGGGUAGCGGCCAUCGCACGCACCGCUACACGCAGGCGUGCCAAGAAGUGCAGGCCGCGAAGAAGAACCGGUAA